UGUCAGUCCAGACGCGACCCAGACAGACCUCGGCCCGGGGGCCCAGACGUGAGAGCCGCGUCCUGAUUGGCUGAGCGCCACCGUUCUUUUGAGACUCGCUCUCCUAUUGGCUGGAGCCGGGCGAGACGCUCAGCGCACAAUGUCUCCCCGCUUUUGUUAUUGUAGCGAGCGGCCAGGAUGCGCGGACGGAGACGAAGAGCCUGAUAGUCCGCUAUCGACUCCCAUACACUCAGAUUAGAUGUUGGAGGGGGAAGGGGGCGCGGAUUCCUACCUCUCCGUCCUUGUCCAGAAGACAGCUUUUCGCUAUUCUGCAACAAUACGACCGAUGUAGCAGCAGGAUGUCUGUGAACCCUCCCAACAGUAAUGACGCCUGCCUCAGUAUCGUGCACAGCCUCAUGUGCCACAGGCAGGGCGGCGAAAACGAGGGCUUCGCCAAGCGUGCCAUCGAGAGCCUGGUCAAGAAACUGAAGGAGAAGAAGGACGAGCUGGACUCCCUCAUCACCGCCAUCACCACCAACGGAGUCCAUCCCAGCAAGUGUGUGACCAUCCAGAGGACGCUGGACGGACGCCUGCAGGUUGCCGGUCGUAAAGGUUUUCCUCAUGUAAUCUAUGCGCGGUUGUGGCGCUGGCCCGACCUUCACAAGAACGAGCUCAAGCAUGUGAAAUUCUGCCAGUACGCAUUUGACCUCAAAUACGAUAAUGUCUGUGUGAACCCUUACCAUUAUGAGAGAGUGGUGUCACCAGGCAUCGUUGGUCUCAGUCUUCAAAACACAGGUCCCACUGGCAGACUGAUAAAGGAAGAGUACAGCCACGACUGCAUCCAGAUGGACGUUCCCCCAGGCCUGCCUCCUCAGCAGGACCACCAGGGGGCGAUGAAACUCCCUCCUCCGGACCACUACGGCCAGCCACUGCCUCCUCUACAGCUGCCUUCAGAGCCCAGCCGAGCGCCCCCAGCGGUCACCCUUUACUCCAACAUACCCCUGUCCCCCACCGCUUCUGGCUCUAUGAUGCCGAUGCAGGGAGGUCAUGGUGAAGGCUUACUUCAGAUUGCGUCUCCUCAGGGUCAAGUCAUGACCCCUACACCUCCCCCCUCCACCCCCACACAUGGACCCCCACAGACCCCCGGCCCACCCCAGCCUCCACCCAACCAGAACGGCUACAACAGCUCCAAACACUCCCAGACGCAAGGUUCCUUUCACACAGCCUGGACAGGCAGCAGCACAGCCUCCUACACUCCUGUAGGACCCCAGCAAAACGGACGCGGUCACCAGCCUCCUCUCCAUCACCCACACUUCUGGUCUCAACAUCACAGUUCAGCAUCUUUCCCCCCUCCAGUCUCCAACCACCCAGGUCCUGAGUUUUGGUGCUCCAUCUCAUACUUCGAGAUGGAUGUGCAGGUGGGGGAGAUGUUUAAAGUGCUGUCCAGCUGUCCGGUGGUGACGAUUGACGGGUAUGUGGACCCCUCAGGAGGCGACCGCUUCUGCCUGGGACAGCUCAGUAAUGUGCACCGCACAGACGCCAGCGAGCGCGCCAGGUUGCACAUAGGUAAAGGAGUGCAGCUGGAGUGUCGAGGAGAGGGGGACGUAUGGAUGCGCUGCAUGAGUGAUCAUGCCGUCUUUGUGCAGAGUUAUUACCUGGACAGAGAAGCAGGACGAGCGCCAGGUGAUGCGGUGCAUAAAAUCUACCCAGGGGCCUACAUAAAGGUCUUUGACCUCAGGCAGUGCCACAGGCAGAUGCAGCAGCAGGCCGCCACGGCGCAGGCAGCAGCAGCAGCACAAGCCGCAGCGGUGGCUGGGAAUAUCCCAGGACCAGGAAGUGUUGGUGGAAUCGCUCCUGCAGUCAGCCUCUCGGCAGCAGCAGGGAUUGGUGUGGAUGAUCUCCGGAGGCUGUGCAUCCUGCGCCUGAGCUUCGUGAAGGGCUGGGGUCCUGACUACCCCCGGCAGAGCAUCAAGCACACCCCCUGCUGGGUGGAGGUGCAUUUGCACCGGGCGCUGCAGCUGCUGGACGAGGUGCUGCACACUAUGCCACUGGCUGACCCUGGACCAGCUAACUGAGAGCCAGCAAUACACAGCCAACACUCACCACACUGAUACUGGACUCACUACAGUAAGCGAGCGAGGCGCAUUACCUGCUACAGUGUGCAGUCAUUAGAAUCCCAAUGAAAACACCACAGAAAACACUAGUCUAAAAUUCAUGUUUCUGAAAGAUAUUCAGUGCUUUUUAUUGUUCUGUAGUGAAGUGUUGCAUUUCUUUUUGGGUGAAUCUCGCAAAAACAUGUCUAGGUCAUAUCUUGCUCUAACAUAAAAACAACUUUU